AUCCACCAAACAAAUCUCAUCACGUUCACAUUUCCCGAGUCUUCUCUCAGUUUCACUUCCGGGUUUUAUCUCUCUCUCUCUCUCUCUCUCUCUCUUCUCGCCUCUCUGAACCAACAAAGAAGAAAAAAUGAGCUCCCAAAUCUGCAGAUCUGCUUCGAAAGCAGCAAGGUCUCUUCUCUCUUCAGCUAAGAAUGCUCGUUUCUUCUCCGAAGGACGAGCCAUUGGCGCUGCAGGUGCUGUUACUGCAUCUGGAAAAUUGCCUCUAUAUGCAUCUAACUUUGCAAGAUCAUCAGGUUCUUCAAAGAGUUGGAUCACUGGACUCUUGGCUCUUCCUGCUGCAGCCUUCAUGGUUCAAGAUCAGGAGGUUUUUGCUGCUGAGAUGGAACGCACUUUCAUUGCGAUCAAGCCUGAUGGAGUUCAGCGAGGACUGAUAUCAGAGAUCAUUUCUCGAUUUGAACGCAAGGGAUUCAAGCUUGUUGGUAUCAAGGUUGUUGUUCCUUCCAAAGAUUUCGCGCAGAAGCAUUACCAUGAUCUCAAGGAAAGACCUUUCUUCAAUGGCUUGUGUGACUUCCUUAGCUCUGGUCCUGUUAUCGCCAUGGUAUGGGAAGGAGAAGGUGUGAUCAGAUACGGACGUAAACUGAUUGGAGCCACCGAUCCUCAGAAAUCUGAGCCUGGGACAAUCCGAGGAGAUCUUGCUGUUGUUGUUGGGAGGAACAUAAUCCAUGGAAGUGAUGGACCAGAGACUGCAAAGGAUGAGAUCAAUUUGUGGUUUAAGCCUCAAGAACUUGUCUCUUACACCAAUAACGCUGAGAAGUGGAUCUAUGGCGAUAACUAAAUCCCUCUUUCUCUUUUUUUUUGACGUCCAAUAAAAUUGUUCUUGCUCCGUACCCCCCCACCCCCAAACAAUAAAAACAAAAAUCAGGUAUUACGGAUACAAACACAUUCCGGGUUUUGUAUUUUCCCGGUUAACUCAGUUAUCAGAGCUCAAGUAAUAAUAAGUAUGUGAAUGAAAUUAUUGGAUACUUAAAUUUUUGCUUUUUUUUGGCAUGGAUGAUGGGGAUUCUAGA